CCGUAGUAAUGAUAAACAUUGACAAGCAGCUGUUCCCUCAGUGUUAUGUUACAUAGCUCACGUGUAAGGUUUUUCUGCGUGAAGUGUCGUCGAGUGCUGUAGAAGAGACUAAUCUGUGUCACUAUUAACACAAUGGAGCCUGUUAUAAAAAUAAAUCCUGGGGCGUCGAAAUGGGACAUUCGUCAGAAAGUUUGGGACUACAUCGAAGAGAAGAAUCUGGCCAACUUCCCAAGGCCUGUUCACAACAGGAUCCCAAAUUUCAAGGGUGCAAUUCAAGCAUGCAACAAGCUUGCAGACCUGCAGGAGUUCAAGUCCAGCCAGACAGUCAAAGUAAACCCAGACAGACCCCAGCAGCAGGGGCGCUUUGUCACUCUGGAAGCACAAAAAACUUUAUUGGUCCCAACUCCUCGUCUUCGCACUGGUCUUUUCAAUAAGAUUACUCCUCCUCAGGGAGCCAGCAAAGAACAGCUACGUGUGUGCUCUUCCUCUCAGGGUGUUAGAGACUUCAGUGUGCCUGUUGACCUGGAUGCAAAGGUGAAGGUUGACCUGGUGGUGGUCGGAUCUGUGGCGGUGUCAGAGAAAGGCCUUCGGAUUGGAAAAGGAGAGGGCUACGCUGAUAUGGAGUAUGGCAUGAUGGCUUCGAUGGGAGCUGUGAAUGAGUCGACUGUGGUUGUUACCAUUGUCCAUGACUGUCAGGUUGUGGACAUUCCAGAGGAACUAAUAGAAAGUCAUGACCUGACUGUGGACUACAUCCUCACACCCACCAGAGUCAUUAAAACAAACUGCCAGUUACCCAAGCCACAGGGAAUCAUCUGGACUAAGCUGGACACAGAAAAGCUGGAGAAGAUCCCCAUCCUGAAGAAGCUGCGUGCUCUGGAGGAACAGGCUGGAAAGGAUGUAACACUAGGGGCGGUGCCUGCUGCAGCAGAGCCUGGUCUCCAGACCAGUCAACCCAAAAGGCAAACCAGACGGAGGCCAAGGCAGAACACGCAGCAGGAUGCUGAAGGGGAAUCCAAACAGGACUCCAAACAGGAGAAAAGAGCAGAGGGAGAGCAGAAAGCCAGACUGCGCCCAGCUAGAGUGAGGAAAGAAAGCAGGGGGGAUGGCAGAGGAGGCAAUGAGGGAGAGAUCAAUGAGAGAGGAAAGGGAAAAAGCAGAGGGAACGUGAAGGAGAAGGGCCUAGAGGAAAGGGGAGGUGAAGUCACGUCUCAACGUAAGCUCCCUCUGAGCGUGACUACAGUUUACCUGGGGGGAAUCCCUGCCGGCCUGCGGGUUAGUGAGCUGAAAACUGCCCUCAGAGAGAGAGAGGCCCCUCCACUGAGGCUCACCUGGCAGGGAGCUCAGCACAGGGCCUUCCUUGACUACAGUGACCCUCAGGCUGCAGAGCAGGCCCUCGAGGCUCUGCAGGGUCUCAGUGUGAAUGGUCACAGUCUGCAGGCUGAGCUGGCCAAGAGCCAACGGGGAGGCAAGAGGUCCGCACAGUCCAACAGGAGACCGAGACCAUCAACAGGUCCGAAAUCUAACACAGCACCACCAGGUAUUAAAGAUGACACGACUGAAAAGACUGAGCAGUAGUAGCAAAUGGCAAUACUUAGCCCAAGAAGUAUUCAUUGUGGAGCAACCUUAAACGCCUUAAGAAGAGUUUAGUUGUUUGUUUUUUUUUUUUAAUAUUUCUGGAUUUAUUACAAGAGGACCUCAGUUAUAUGAAACAUAGAUGUCUGAAAUGACUGCUAAUGAACAUCAUAAUAUAUGGAUAAAAUAUGUGACAGCAAUACCUGAAAAUAUCAUUGCAGCAUCAUAAAACAUUUCAUUUGGUUCAUGCCAUUUCACAAUGCUUAACCAAUACACCAGUGUGCCUUGUUUAAUUCACACACACCCCCUGGCCUGUGUAUCCCGCCUUCAUUCCUUGAAGGUGCUUUUUUUUUUUUUUUUUGAGUGAUUCUUGAGUGAAACCAUAGACUGUCUAUUUGUUAAAUUUAAGUGCUGAGUAAAUUUUAAAAAUUUAAGUUUUCAGAAUUUUUUUCCCCCCACAACUCAGAAUUACCUUCUCCAAGAAGGUCCUGUUAUCAGACCUGUUUGUCUGUUUGUUGGUUAUCUUUGAACACAUUUAACUGAGGCCAUGGGCCAAAGAAGAGCUGGUUAGUUUUUGUUGCAGGUAGCGCCACCAUGUGGCCAUUUACACACUUAUCCAAUCGAGAUAGUUCCUGACCCAUGAAGCAUAGUAGUAAAAUAAAAUAAAAAUUGGUCUAACGUUUAUGUAUUCAUAUAUAGCACAAUGUUUGACCACAAGGACUUUUCAACAAUUCAGUUUUUUUUUCACCAGCACAUACUGUGCAGUCUCAACCAAAGAGAAGACAUCUUAAUGCCAUUUUGAUCACAGCUUUUAAAUAGCCAUAAUUUCAUUGUGACACACUUGAAAAUUUGCUCGAAAAACUCAUGAUUUCAACAGGAUUAUCUAUCAGUGUGCAGCUUAUAAAGAUCUAAACCUGUGUUAUUUAUUUAUAGCCUUGUUGAAGCUCACCUCGUCGAUUUCUUCUAGUUUCUGUGUUUUCUACUUGCUUAGUUAUUUUUGAGAAUAUUUUGGAAGUAGACAUUGCAUUCAAGCAAUGAUAUUUGUACCUUUGUUGAUUUAAAAAAAAGACUUACUCGUGGCGUUCAGCCUGCUUAGGUCAGUUUGAGUAUGGUGCCAUGAGCUGUUCCAAUCUUUAUGCAUCUGUUUGUAACACGUACACAGUAACAUUCUUCACUAAAGUGUUUGACUGUA